UAUCAGGUGAACUGCUGCUGCUGGAGGCUGGAGGCUUGCUGCUGCUGCUGCUGCUGCUCACAUCCCUGGUCACAGCUGUGUAAAGUGGAUCAUCAUCCGUCAUCACCAUUCGUCAGCGUCACGAUUGCUUUAUAAGACACACUCCACAUAAAUAGUGAGAUUGACUGUGUAUCAUCCCAUCAUUCAUUCUUUUUUUGGGACUGGGGUCAUCGCUCCAUUUCUGGGAAAAACAAUUUCCAGCAUCUCGCCUGCGGCUUUUGUCUUUCUGGUGGCAACAAACGCUCCAGAUCUGUCUCUCAUCUCUUUUGACAUUUACUUCACACUUCCUUCAUCAUGGCUCUCAAGACAUCCUUGUUGCUCUCGACUCUACCUCUGGUCCUCGGAACAACGUACCCCUUGAUCGAAUCAUGGUCCGGGAGUGGGUUCAUGGAUGGCUUCAGGUAUCCCGCUUCCUUCUAUGACAAUACGACCAACGGAGAUGUCUUCUGGGCUACGGCUGCCAACACCUCCUUAAUAUACACCAGCAGCUCCGGGACGACUAUUCUGAAAGUCGAUAACACCUCGUACGUACCGUAUAAUGAGAAGCGGUACGCUCCCAAAAUCCUUUCAAAGACGGAAUACCAACCUGGAACCGUCUGGGUCUUUGACGCCGUUCACAUGCCUUAUGGAUGCAGUGUUUGGCCUGCGGUCUGGACGCAAGGACCCGAUUGGCCGGAACAUGGAGAAAUAGAUAUCAUGGAGGGAAUCAAUCAACAGACUACCAACCAGGUCGCUUUACACACUGCGGGAUCAGGAUGUCUCGCCUCGUCAUCUUCGUCGCUCAGUGGAGGUACUCUCACAUACGACAACUGCUCCAUCGGCGCACAUUACGACUCUGGAUGUACGACCAACAUGACCAACGCCGACACGUACGGAUCUGGAUUUGCAGCCGCUGGCGGUGGCGUUUACGUUGCCGAAUUCGCUACCGAUGGUAUCAGAAUAUGGUUUUUUACUCGUUCUAGCGUGCCUAGCAGCUUUGGCGUCAGCUCGAAAUCCAUCGACACGUCUUCACUUGGAACACCUGCUGCAGAGUAUUUGUCUUCGUCCUGCAACAUCACCGAAUACUUCAGCUCUCAAAUUUUCACCAUUGACAUCACACUCUGCGGAGACUGGGCCGGAAUCGCAGCUAAUCUUGAAGAGACUUGUCCUCAGCUACAAGGAGACAACACGUGCUACACCACCUAUGUCAUCAACAACGCUUCGACAACGUACGCGAAUGCCUACUUUGAGAUCAACUACCUCAAUGUCUAUUCGACCUCGACUUCCGGCUCAAGCUCGUCAGGUUCCAGUGCAUCAGGUGCGAGCUCCACUAUCACUGCGGGCGUGAGUCCAACCAGUGGAUCUUCUUCCAAGACUAGCGGUGCGGCGUCGCCGGUCGCUAUCCCGUCAUUGAGUCACGGGAAAAUCUCUUUGGCUGGAGUGGUUGUAGCGGGUCUAUUGGCUGGAUUCAGCCUUUUAUAGAUGGACAAUGUUAGAGCUAUUGCAGAUCCGUGUUCCAUGCUUGACCCAAGUGCGUGUCUAGAUCAGCUCGCUCGCUUGGAAUGCAUGUCCAAGGAUAUCACUGUAACUCUUGCUUGAU